UCCAGUUCUAUGAUUCUAUGACAGGGGGAGCACAUGGGAGAAUGUAUGAGAUGUUAAAAUAGGAGAAAGGGCUAACAGAAAUUUGGGUUUCAUAUUUCAUUGUUUUCUUCCUUGAAAUCCGAACAGGACUUUAUUUUCCAUGUGCUCUGAAGGCAGCAGUGGAGAAGACAGUCAGAAAUCUGGGGGACACCUGAAGUUUCAUUCAGUUGAUGAACACACAAAUGUCAAAUUAAUGAACUCAGACAGGAAUCUUCGUGUACAUCAACGACCUCAAACAGGAGAGAAACCAUUUGAAUGCAUGGAAUGCGGAAGGAUCUUCAGUGACAGUGGAUCACUUAGACAACAUCAACAGACUCACACAGGGGAGAAACCAUAUAAAUGUAUGGAGUGUGAGAAGAGCUUCAGUAAAAGUGGAAGCCUUAGCAUCCAUCUACGGACUCACACAGGGGAGAAACCAUUUGAAUGUAUGGAGUGCGGAAAAAGCUUCACUACUAGAAGAAACCUUAGAAUUCAUCAACGGAUUCACACAGGGGAGAAACCAUUUGAAUGCAUAGAAUGUGGAAAGAGCUUCAGGGAAAGUUCGCACCUUCGUUCACAUGAACAAACUCACACAGGAUUGAAACCAUUUGCAUGCAUGGAGUGUGGAAAGAGCUUCAGACAGAGUACAAAGCUUGAUAUACAUCAAAGGACCCACACAGGAGAGAAACCAUUUAUAUGUAUGGAGUGUGGAAAGAGCUUCAGCCAGUUGGCACACCUUCAUGUACAUCAACGAACUCACACAGGGGAGAAACCAUUUGAAUGCAUGGAGUGUGAAAAGAGCUUCAGGACCAGUUCACAGCUUCAUUUACAUGAACGAACUCACACAGGAGAGAAAACAUUUGAAUGCAUAGAGUGUGGAAAGAGCUUCAGGUUAAGUGAAACACUUAGAAGACAUCAACGGAUGCACACAGGGGAGAAACCAUUUAAAUGCAUGGAGUGUGGAAAGAGCUUCAGUAGGAGUUCACACCUUUAUAUUCAUCAACGAUCUCACACAGGGGAGAAGCCAUUUAAAUGCAUGGAGUGUGGAAAUUGCUUUAGUCAGAGUUCAACCCUUAGGACACAUCAACGGACUCACACAGGAGAGAAGCCAUUCAAAUGUAUGGAGUGUGGAAAGAGCUUUGCGCAUAGUGCAGUCCUUGGUAGACACCAACGGACUCACACAGGGGAGAAACCAUUUGAAUGCAUGGAGUGUGGAAAGAGCUUCAGUGGCAGUGGACACCUUAGAAUUCAUCAACGGAUUCACACAGGGGAGAAACCAUAUAAAUGUAUGGAGUGUGGAAAGAGCUUCAGUAGGAGUUCACACCUUGAUAUACAUCAACGAUCUCACACAGCAGAAAAACCAUUUAAAUGCAUGGAUUGUGGAAAGAGCUUCACUACUAGUGGAAACCUUAGAAUUCAUCAACGGAUUCACACAGGGGAGAAACCAUUUAAAUGCAUGGAGUGUGGAAAGAGCUUCACUCAGAGUGCACAACUUCGUCAACAUCACCAGAAUCACACAGGGGAGAAACCAUAUAAAUGUAUGGAGUGUGGAAAGAGCUUCAUGUGUAGAAAGAGCUUCAGUAACAGUUCAGACCGUCGUUCACAUGAACAAACUCACACAGGGAAGAAACCAUUUAAAUGUACGGAGUGUGGAAAGAGCUUCAGCCAGUCGUCACACCUUCACGUACAUCAACGAACUCACACAGGGGAGAAACCAUUUAAAUGUACGGAGUGUGGAAAGAGCUUCAGCCAGUUGUCAAACCUACAAGUACAUCAACGAACUCACACAGGGGAGAAACCAUUUAAAUGUAUGGAGUGUGAAAAAAGCUUCAAGCGGUGUACAGAGCUUGACAUACAUCAAAGGACCCACACAGGAGAGAAACCAUUUAAAUGUAUGGAGUGUGGAAAGAGCUUCAGUCAGUCAUCACACCUUCAAGUACAUCAACGAACUCACACAGGGGAGAAACCAUUUAAAUGCAUGGAGUGUGGAAAGAGCUUCAGUGACGUUUCACACCUUCGUUCACAUGAACGAACUCACACAGGAGAGAAACUAUUUGAAUGCAUAGAUGUGGAAAGACCUUCAGUAGGAGUUCACACCUUGAUAUACAUCAACGAUCUCACACAGCAGAAAAACCAUAUAAAUGCAUGGAGUGUGGAAAGUGCUUCAGUCAGAGUUCAAACCUUAGGACACAUCAGCGGACUCACACAGGAGAGAAGCCAUUCAAAUGUAUGGAGUGUGGAAAGAGCUUGUCAGAGUGGAGACCUUAGAAUUCAUCAACGGAUUCACAGAGGGGAGAAACCAUUUGAAUGUGUGGAGUGUGGAAAGAGCUUCAGUGACAGUGGAACACUUAGAAAACAUCAACGGAUUCACACAGGGGAGAAACCAUAUAAAUGUAUGAAGUGUGGAAAGAGCUUCCGUGACAGUGGAAGCCUUAGAGGACAUAGACGGAUUCACACAGGGGAGAAACCAUUUGAAUGUAUGGAGUGUGGAAAGAGCUACAGUCAAAGUGGAACACUUAGAAUUCAUCAGCGGACUCACACAGGGGAGAAACCAUUUAAAUGCAUGGAGUGUGGAAAGAGCUUCAGUGAGAGUGGGCAACUUCGACUACACCAACGAACUCACACAGGGGAGAAACCAUUUAAGUGCAUGGAAUGUGGAAAAAGCUUCACUCAGAGUUCAAACCUUAGGACACAUCAGUGGAUUCACAAAAGGGAGAAACCAUUUAAAUGUAUGGAGUGUGGAAAGAGCUUCAGUGACAGUGGAGCACUUAGAAAACAUCAAUGGACUCAUACAGGAAAAAACAUCUGAAUGUAUGGAGUGUGGAAAGGUCUUCACUUAUAGUGGAACACUUAGAAAG